AUGCGUGGCAAUUGUUUUUUCUACGAUUGCGAAGAUAGAAUUGUGGGAAAUGAAAAUGAAGUAAAACUAUAUGAGAUUAUUCGUGAAAAUGCUAUAAGAAUUGUUCGUCUAAGUAAACCAGAUUGGUCGAAUUUUAUUGAAACUUGCGAAUACGGCUUUCAAAUAGCAAAAGAAGGUCCUAUUAGAGCAAGCAAAAAAGCAAUGACCAUUGAUGAUUACAAAAUAGGAAACGAAAAUACGAGGGAGGAAACUAUUCAUCAUAUAAGUCAUUUAGAGCACUUAUGUGAACUCAACCUAGUGUCAAAUUCCAAAGACAUAAUUUUGCCAUGGUUACCCAUCUACCUCAAAUUAACCAAAAAAAAUUUGGAAGAAUUUUCAGAAAUUUCAUCAAAUACCUACAAUGUGUCAGAACAUCCUAUGACAUGUAUAAAAUUAUCUAAGUCUAAUAUCGGAAUUUCUCCAGAGCUAAACCAAGAAAUCAAGGAAGCCGUAGAAGAUAUGCAUCCUGUCGAGAAACUCAUAGAAAUAACAAAAAAAUAUGGACAAUUUUAUGCAAAAAAAAUCGUAUUUGGCGGAAAGAUCAUUGAACAAAAAAAUAUCCCAGACGUCUCACGUAAAAAUUUAAGUAAGAAAAAUUCCAAUAUUAUACCAACAAGCAAUGAAUAUCGUACUAUUAUUGGUGGUAACAAAGGGAUUUCACGUAAGAACGAAUAUGAAUGGCUAAAAUCAUUAGAACACGACCCGGAAACUUGGGAAAUUAUUGGAUAUCAGAAGAUCGCAUCCAUUUUUAAUCUCUUGCCAGAAAAAAAUAUGGAACAGAAGAUCUUGAAACAAAAAGUUUUGAAGGCACUUGGACAGAGAAUUCUCCAAACAAAAGUUGAAAAAUUGGUAUUUGAUUUUGAACCAAUGCAGACAAAGCCAUAUGUUCAUCCCUUGAACAUGGGUUUUAACCCAAAUGUCGAGGAACACCAGAUUUUUCCUACCAUACUAAACAAUAAGGAGGGCGACAUAUUUGGAUUACGUGUGGACUAUCUCGAUGAUAAAAGCCCGGCAAUUGUUCUUCAUAGAACCCAAAAAAAGAAAAAGAAAAGAAAAUAUGAACUCGAAAUUUGCUGUGUUGUUACAGGCUACUUGAAUGAUUUCAAGAUAAAAGAUUUUAAUCCUGAUAUUGAUAUUGAGAGCCAUAGAGUCGAAGUUAACACACACAAAAACUCAUAUUUUGCCCGAAUUGUAAAAGACCUAGAUUAUAGUAAAAGUAUUUUGGGAACUUGUGUAAUUGAGCGUGGAGCCAAUUCAACUUAUGUUUCACAUGAGUCGACAAUCAUCACAGGAAUACACUUCAGAGAACAAGUAAAUUCAUGUGUUUUCGUAUAUGACUUGGAAAGUUGUACAAGAUAUAACAUUGCUCAGAAUUUGUUUCCACUAAAUGAUUUGUAUAUCCAUUAUUGGUAG